CAUGUUGAACUGCGACGGACUGAUUGCCUGAGACAGUGAGCGCAUUACCGACCGCACGACAGGGAGUGACGACCGCACGACAGGGAGUGAACCAAUUGGAGUGAACGCGUCAGUUGGCGACUCAUCUGAUUCACUGAAGUGGGGCCGCCAGGCCCACGUUCGGCAGCAGCCAGACGGCACGGGGCUCCUGUCUUCUGUGAAGCGGUCUCUUGGCGCACAACGCACAACGAAGCCGAUGCUGCGAAAUGGCCUGCAGGACCUCGUUGUCCAUCGCAGCACCGACAGCUCUCCCUUCUCGUCAUCUCGCAGCGGUGAGUAUUCGACUCCACCGGUAUGCAACAUGAUGGACGAGCUGAGGGAGCUCCGGAACAUACUCAGCACCCUGGCCGACCAGGCCGGCCUCGACGAGAAGUCCCUCUACCCAUCUCCAGCAGCGCUCGACUCUCCCCGACAGAAAUCGCAACUGGGAGACGGCUCUGACUCGCCUCGAGAAUGUUCAUCGGAGCACACCGUGAUGCAGUCGUUCAAGGCCUCUAUGAGAAGGACGGUUGAAGACUUCAAGCAGCAGCUGUUGGACAUCACCGCAGAGAAAAGGUCCCUUGAGAAGCGUGUGGAAGCCUACGGGCAGCGCUUUCGGGACCAGGCCAGGACAAUCGAUGCACUCACGAAGGAAGAGGAGGUAAGGGAGACUGUGUCGUCGCCUCAGCCGCCGUCUUGCCCGUCACCGGGUGACCAAGAAGACAUCGAGGUACUUUUUCGUUUCUCUUGUUGCAUUGCGCAUCCAUUGUUCCCAUUGCUCUUGCGCAGGCUCUUGGGGAGCGUGUGAAGGAUCUCGAGCAGGAUAAUUCGCGGCUGUAUCGUCUGAAGCAUGCCUAUGAGAUCCGCCUGGAAGAGGCUUAG